AUGACUUACAAUCUUGUUAUAAUCCCAGUCACUGAUAAUACACAUUUAUUUAAAGCUCGUAUGAAAAUGAUAUGUGCAAAGGAUAAAGAUGAUUCAGAAAAAGAAAAAAAAAAAAAAAAGAAUUAUUGUAAAAGUAGUAAAUUGGCACUAUAUAUAAAUGAGGCAAAAGAAAUAUUAAAACAUAUUACUUUAUUAAAAACUCUCACACUUAAUAAUCGGUAUAGUUAUAUAUCCUCAAGUGGCUUUUAUUUUCCUGUUUCUGUUAAAGAUGUUGUAAAAAUGUCAUUUAAUGAAAAACAAAGGAAAAAACUUGAUAUGGAUAGUGAUGGUGGACUUGAAGAUUGUCAAAAAUUAAUUGAAAAUUUUGGUAAACAAAUCAAUGCUGAUAGUUUUUUAAAAAUUAAUGAAAAAGAAAUGAUAGAAAAUAUUUUUGUUUCAAUGGAUUCUUAUCUUAAUACUGUCAGAGGAGAAAUAAUGGAAAUGAGAGAAAAAUAUAAUGAAAAAGCUAAAAGAGCUAAAUUUUUAGGAUGUUAUUCAAAUUUUGUAAAAAUGGAUCAAGAUGGAUAUAGAAAAGCUUUUAAAGAUAUUAAUGAAAAAUAUUUUCAAAGUAAUAAUAUAUCAAUAAUUUCAAAUAAUGAGAUACGUUUUCGAAAGACAGAAAAAGAUAAUAAAACAAUAAAAAAUUACUAUUAUUUGAAUGAGAAUGAGAAUGAAAAAAUAGAAGACGGAGAGAAUUCAGAAGUUAUACAACAGCAUUUAAAAGAACAAGAAAAAUUUUAUCAAAAAUUGACUAAUAAAAAUGAAGAGAUAGAAGUAUUAUCAAGACAAUUUGCCGAAAUUGAAAAACUUCAACAUAAAUUUUUAGAAAAAGCUUUAGAACAAGAAAAAAAUAUAGAAGUAAUUCAUGAAAAAGUUGAGUCUACAGAAGUGAAUUUAAAGGUAGCAAAUAAUUUUAUUAAAAAUGCUUUAGAAAAUACAGCUACAAAACGUGUAAUUUAUAUGUUCUGUAUUAUUGUUUUAACAUUAUCUCUUUUAUUUUUGGAUUGGUAUAAUCCAUAA